CAUAUUUGAACCCGAUGACCGAGUUAAACCCAGAUUGUUAGCCUGACUGAACUAUGAAGAGCUUAACAUUACAGCAGCCGGGAAAACGCCAGUGAAUUCUUCGCUAACAUAGCAAAACUUGUUGUGUGGAAAAAAUACCAUUGAAGCCAGUGGGGACUAGAAAAUGUUCAAUUACCAACAUUCUGCAAAUUAUCAUCUUUUGUGUUCAGCUUUAGGGGUAUUUUGGAAAUACAUGGUCAUGGAUUCUGCAGAGACGAGAUAUGCCCAUCUGCUGCAGCCCCUGCGGGACCUCACCAAGAACUGGGACAUUGACCUGGCCAGCCAGCUUGGAGAAUAUCUUGAAGAGCUGGACCAGAUGACCAUUUCAUUUGAUGGUGGGAAAACCAUGAUGAACUUUGCAGAGGCUGCACUUUUAAUCCAAGGAUCAACAUGCAUCUAUGGCAGAAAGGUGGAGCUCCUUCACACUCUGGUGUUUCAAACAUUGGACUACAUCUCUAACAAAAACAAGAAACGUGACAAACAAGGUUCUUCGUCAGAUGGUAACCAAGAAAAAGCCCCUUCAGGCAAUGAAGGUGAUGAUUGUGAGUUUGAUGAGAUUGAGCAGGAUGAGAAUGUCAACUCACAGAAUAUAACAAUGAAAGAUCCAACAGAGCCGGUGAAGAUUAUCCGUCUCCCUCCUGAAUCUCUAAUUCCUGUAGAAUCACUUGAGAAACAGAAAUACCCCCUUCUCAGUCUUAAAGGGGAGCUUCUUGGCAGCUGCAAGGAUUUCAGAAUUAAUCAUUUCACCAUGGACGAAUCGGGAUUGAUGCGUCUGGGUUCAUCCCACGCUCACUUCCUCAAGGAGGUCGCAGAAAUCCAGCACAACUUCUCUGUACAUGAACCUGUGCCCUUAGACCACGGUGAAGAUGUUAAUGAAAUAGAGGUUAAUGGUGGUCAUGAUGAAGAAGAUAAUGGUGCAGAGGAUCUUCCACCACUGGAAGAUCAUGGGAUGGAGGUGGAGUGUGAAGAGUGGGUGGAAAGACAACAGGCCCCCAGUGAGGGCAGGAUGUUAAGACCAAGACCUGCAGUACAGCCAAUUCCAGAGGAACCCAAGCAGCUCAAGGAAAUUGUGGACCCUUGGAAAUGGCAUGAUUCAUAUGCUACAUUUGGAGAGGACAAACCUCUCAAAACAGGAAAGUGUUAUAAAGUGCCAGCAGGUCUUGAGGAGUCUGGAAAGAGGAAGAGGAAGGGUGCUUCGAAACUUCAGGACUUUGGGAGCUGGUACUCUAAAGCCUUUGAGACUGCAGAUCGCAAGCUUAAAAAUGGACCUACUUAUCCUGACCUUAAUUACAUUUUUGUGAGUAAAAUGGGUCAGCGUCUGAAAGUACAGAAGCAGAUUCUCAGGAAAAGGGGAGUUUUUGUCUCCGAUGAGGAAUUAAAGAAAACUUACUUGGAACCAGAGAAUAUCGAGGACCAGGUUGAGGUUGUCCGGCAUCCAGACGCAGAGGGUGAGGACUUUUCAGAUGAGGAGCAUGACGACUUGGUUGAUGAUCUUGAACCUGUAGACCACCUUGGUGAACAGGAGCAAAUUUUCAAUGACUUGCAUAUGAGCCGGAUGAGUUAUGAAGAUCUGGUCAAGAAGAGUGUGGACCUGUUUCUGGUGAACUCUCAGAAGUAUGCGCAAGAGACUGCGUUGUCUCGAAGAGUCAAAGAGUGGGAGGAUGGAAUCAACCCUCAUCUUGCUGAUCAGGAAACCCGUCCAGCUUUUGACAUCCAUGAGUAUGGAGACAGAAUUGUCCAAUCACUCUCUAGCGUGGGAGUGAAAAGAUCAUUUGCCUUUGUCGUCAAAGGCAAAGAGAACACAGAAGCCUGUAGAUACAUGCUGGCUGCGCUACAACUGGCCAAUGAUUACACAGUGGAGAUUGACAAGAAGGAUGGGCUUGAAGAGAGUGUAGACACUAUGGAGCUAACAUUACUGACUACACAGAGGGCUCAUGAGCGUCUGAAAACCUACAAUGCACCUUCUGCUACGGAUAUUCCUUGACCUUUUAGUUUUGUUUAUUACUUAUCUCUUAUCUUUGGCCCCAAACAGAAGCUAUUUAUCACUGACCGUGUUGAAGAGAUAAAAACACUUUCUAUUCUAGGUCUUUUUUUGUCUGGUAACUCCUGUAUUUUGAUAUCCAGCACUGCAUUUAGAUUUGGUCAUUAAAUAUGCUUGGAUGAAUGUGAGUCCUGAGAUGAAAAAAAUAACAGGUGUUUUCACAGGUGUAUAAGACCUGCGUUUUAAGAUGCUUUGUGUUAUAUUUCAUAGCUAAAAUUAUGAUAAAAGUCUGUAAAAUGGUUAAAAAGGUCUGUUUCUAUGCAUUUUCUGAGAUUUUAAGAUGAUGGAGACUUUAUCCCCCCCAUUUUCAUAUCUAAGUAAACUGCAUGUCUGUACAGUUUCUAAGCCAUUUUUAUAGAAGACAAAAAUAAAAACAUACUGCUGAGCUAUU